CCUUGUGAAUCCAAAUAAAUUCCUCUAAUACUUUUUCUCCCCUUACAUUUCGAUAAUCUAUGCUCUAUAUUAACCAACCUAUCUUUUCUUUCUUUUCAUUAUUCUCUCAGAACUCAACACAAAUCCUAUAACAAUAUAAAAACCCCAAAUCCUGUAAUCCACCAUAAAGAGACAAAUCAGGAUGCUUGUAAAAAGAAAGUUAAAGUGAGGAGCUGAUUCAAUAUUUUCUCGAAAUUAUUUUUCUUCACCAAUAAUAUCGUUUCCAAAGGUACAUGGCAAUACUAAAUAAUCUUGGUUCAACCUCAGCCUCCCGAACGAAUCUCAUCCGACGAAUGUUCGAAAGACAAACGGAUGGAUGAACUCUGUCCAUAAGUGCGAGACAAUAUCCCCGAGAUUGGCCACAGUUACCGAAAGGCUAUGCGGUAGAGGAGAAAAGUCUGCUGCUGCAGUGGAGAAGUGGGCAAAUUUGCAGAAGAAUGCUGCUGACGAUGGGAUCGCGCAUUCGAGAGGGUGAGCAAUGGAAGAGAGGAAGAGAAAGAGUAAAAGAGAGAGCAGCGCAAAACCUACAAAUUGUGUCAAGACAACCACCAACACACGAGGUAAGAAAGAAGAACGCGUGAGAGAGAGUCAAUGGCGUCAGUGUGGGGAACCCAUCGCUGCGAGAGACCCUGAACUGCAUGUAUCGCGAGAUGGAAGCCUCUACUUGGUGAACAAGUAAGAUUCGUCUGGAAGAGGUAGCGGCAGGUGCAUGGGGGCGAAGUGGCAUGGGACCCCCCCCCCCCCCCCCGCGAAUAGCUUCAUUCGCCGCCGGUUGACGGAGGAGGUGCCAGCGAGUGAGGCGAGUGGAGGAGAGUGAGUGAGGGAGGUAGGGAUUGAGUCAGUGGACAUGAAUGUCGUUGUUGGGUUUGGGAAGCAAGGGGCAGCCUUGACCCAAGGUAGAAAAACCAAGGCAAAGGGGGGGUGAGUCAGUGUGGAGUGCGGCGCCGUGUAAAGGAGAGCAGUGUAUUGGGGGGCAAGACUUUGGAAUUCAGCAGCGACCAAUCUGUGCUCCUCAUUUAUAACUACCGAGGGCUACUCGUUGUCUUGUUGAGAGUGUUAAAUCCGUUUGAUGAGUCUCAAAUCCAACGUGCAGUGGCACUAGUGCGCCACGACGAGCGUGUAUAUGAAAGGGUGGUUGUGAGAGUAGAGGUGAGUGGCCUGGAGUGGCGAACGAUGAAUUGAAGGGUUGGAAUUGGAACUGGAAUUGAGUUUCCUCCCUUUGUAAGCGAAUAGGUGAAACAUAAAUAAACCAAAUCUGCAUUUUGUGGGAACAAAUUUCCUUGCAGUGUGAAGGGUGUGCGUGUGUUGGUUUGGUUAGUUAUUUGUAGUGGUAUUUUGUUCCGUGUAGGGUUUCUGCUUUGUGUGGUCAAGAAGGGUGAUUUGUGUUGGUUUUUGAGUGGGAUGUCACAAUGGGGAGCGAAAUGCAUUUCGAUUUAUUGAAACCAACUUGAACGAGGAGAGAUUUUUUUAGUUUUUGUUCGUUUAUUUAAUUCUUUUAUUUUUAUUUUCACUUUUAAAAAAUCUGUUUGAGUUUGCGCGUGUGUGAGAGAGAUUAAGCAUCAGAAAGUUGAAACUAGGAGGGAUUUGUUAAUUGUUUUUGACUGUAAGAACGGAGUCUAUAUCAUCGUUAUUGAGAAUGAAUAUUUUCAGUUUCGCAUCAACAAUGAGAAGCAGAGGGAUUUUGAAAAGAAAGGACACGGGCCUAGACUGCGUCAUAGACGAAGAAGUUUUGCAGCAACCGCAGCAAGCAUCGUUAGAUGCAUUCAGGUCGUACGCUGUGAAUCGUGAUCCUUUAGCAGAAUUUGCCGUCAAAAGAUUGUCAAACAAGGAACUAUCUGCUGGCUGUGAAACCUCCUCAGCGGCACAUCAUGGAGCGGGGUACCCGCUAUUGAAGCGAGCGCGCUCAGAGGAGAUUGCUCGAUUUGAGGAACAGAAGAAGCCCUGCCACCGAGCUUGGUUGCUUGCCAACCAGUUGCGACAUUCUCUUGGCCCUAACUUCGCCGAGACCAUCGGUCAAGUUGUGAAAAAGGAAGACGGCUUGACCACCACAUCAUCAUCGCGUCUUGCCUGGUCCUCACAAUCUCCAUGUAAUAAAAUUUCUUUAGCACCAGAAUCAAAUGCAAUCGACCCGCAUUCAUUCCGUGUUCGUGCAAAGGAGCCCAACGUUUGGUCAGACAAGCAGAAUCAAUAUAAUCCAAGAGGACGACCUGCACCACCUCUAUUCGACGAGCCUACCACUCAACCGCCUCUUAACGCCAAUGACUCAGAGGGUGCCGGUCUGCACAAAGAGCACCUUGUGGACAAGUCGACUGCACCUCCACUCGCAUCAGCCCUCGCUAAGCGAAUUCCGCUGAGGCGCACGCGGCGCCGAUUUCCGGAGGCAGACGCCAUGGGGAUCACUAAACCCGAGCAGGCGAGCAAACCAGCGUCAAUCAUGAACGCGCAUAUCUCUUCCACACCCCAAAGCGGAUUGUUCACCCAGGCAUCGCAGUGGAAGGUGGAGCGUGGCACUCCGCACUAUCGUGGUGUUCGGCAACGGCCAUGGGGAAAGUUCGCAGCCGAGAUUCGAAAUUCUGCUAGACAAGGACAGCGCGUCUGGCUGGGCACAUUCGAUACAGCGGAGCAAGCAGCUAGGGCUUACGAUGCCGCCGCGUUCGAAAUGCGAGGAUACCGAGCGCUUCUCAACUUCCCGUUGGAAGCUGCACUUUCUGAAUUACUACCUCCUCCUCCUCCUCCUCCUCAACUGGAGAAGCAAAUCUUAGAGCUCAAAGCCUCAUCAAUUAUCACCAACUCUUACACGGAGGAUUCUGAAAUGAUCGUCAUAAGGACGGAGUGUCCAUCUCCUCCCCCCGCUGCAGCAGACCCAAUUGCAUCCUCAGCUGGCUUGGAGUUGCAAGAUCUCGGGACAGAUCUCCUCGAGAACCUGUUGUCAAUUACGCAUCCCGAACUGGAUUCGGGCCCUGCGUCUCCUCAGCCAAGCUUCGACGGAUGCCUCUCAUUCUUCGCUGACUUCGGCGGCGGCGGCGUUUCUCCAGCCCUCCUCGCAUGAUCUUUGCCAGGGUGCUCUUAAUCUUUCUAUUGUUACGAUGAUCAAAAAGCUCGCUGUAGUACGAAUCGUAAUCAGCCGAAAGCAACCUGCAAUUCACACAUUGAUCUCUCCAGAAUUAGAGCCAAAUACUUGCAGUUUUGCUGAGAUGAUUAAUUAAAAAUACGUCAUAUGAUGUGUAGAGCACACUGUUUAUUUCCUCUUAUCAAUUUGUUCACACCGGAAAAUUUCCACUACGCAUUGUUCUACCGGGA